AUGAAGAGAAGGUUCCUGACGCCAGUGAGCUAUUGCACAAGUGUGUCAAGGGUUCAGCUAAGGCAAGACAGUAUUUUUAAUAAUCGCAUCUGUUUGUGGCUCUCAAUUCUACUGGUUUUCUUGUUUGAUUUUGUCUGCAAAAAUAUUAAAAGGAAAAAUAUUUGGAAACAUUGCACUCAUGUGUCCGUAUAUGCUGUUAUUGUUGACCAUAUCAAUGUAAAUAAAAAUAAACCUCCAGUAGUCAAAUGUGUAAAACUGGAUGAAAAAACAAAAAGAUUCAAAGAAGGAAUGGAGUAUAUGUAUAAGCUACACAGAGAAACCAGUCUUGAUUCAUAUAAAGAGGAUUAUAAAAAAUAUAAAUAUGAGUAUUGCAAGGAAGUAAGGAGAAGGAAAGUAGAACAUAUUAGUAAACAGAUCAGAAAUUCUGACUGUGUCUCAAAGUCAUGCUGGGCAGUAGUUAAUGAUAUGAGGAACACUGAUUCAAAAACUAAAAUUAAUAAUAUAGAGUUAAGUAUACAUAAUGAUAAUUUUUCUGAUCCUUAUAUAGUUAGCAAUAUAUUUAAUGAUUAUAACCCUGAUGUAUGUGUGGAUGGAUAUGCGUAUAUAUUUAAUGAUUACUUUAUAGAUGCUAUUGAAAAUGAUACUUGCAUGAAACAGGAGAGGAAGUUUAAAUAUGAUAAGGAAAAGGAAUGGGACUCUUGUAAGCUACCUACAGUAACCAUCAGGGACAUAACACAGCUAAUUGACAGCCUAAAAAAUAAAAGAUCAGCUGGAUGGGAUGAAUUUUCUCCUUUUCUACUGAAAAAAUGCAAGGUUAAACCUUUAUUUAAAAAAGGGGAAAGAAAACAACCGCAGAACUACAGACCAAUUGCCUUAACCUCAGUUUUUGGUAAAUUAAUUGAAAAAAUAAUGCGAGAAAUCUUAAUGGAGCACUAUAAUAUGAAUAACUUAAUAGGAGAUUUCCAACACGGCUUUAGAAGUUGUCGGAGCACCAUAUCUGCAGCAGUACAGUUUGUACACUGUCUGAUGGAGAAAAUAAAUGAGGAAUCUUACCUUAAAGAUAGACAACAAUGCACAGAAGUUGUGUAUGAUAAUGGAGAGGUAAUCGAAAAAAGAAGAUCAAAGAUAAGAAAUAUAAAUUUUUGUGUGUCACAAGGCUCUAUCUUGGGCCCCUUCUUGUUUAUUUGCUACGUGAAUGAUUUCCCAAAAGUAUUAGACACCAGUCAUCGUAUUACUAUGUAUGCUGAUGACACCUCUGGAGUUUUCUGGGCACGUAGUAAUGAUGACCUAAAUUCAGUGGUACAGAAUUUUGUUGAAAAAGCCCAAACACAUUUUGAAAAAGAAAACCUGAGGGUCAAUAUUAACAAAAGUAAUUUAAUUUAUUUUAAGACAAGUGGCUCAAAUACAAAAACUGUUGUAAAUGAGGACAUUAAGGAAAAUACCUGUUCAGAAUGUAAAUUUCUGGGGAUAUAUAUAGAUGACAGACUUUCGUGGAAUCAGCAAAUAGAUCAUGUCUGUGGUAAAAUAACAUCUAGCCUGUAUUUACUAAGGAGAUUAGUUCAAUAUCUAGAUAUUGAAGCAUUAAAAAUAGCGUAUUUUGGGUUGGUGUAUCUCCAUCUAUCUUAUGGAAUUGUAUUGUGGGGUGGGUACAGCCAAUACAAUAUAAAAAGGGUAUUUGUAUUGCAGAAAAGAGUAAUAAGAACUAUGGCAAAAGUAAGACCCAGAACUUCAUGUAAAAACCUGUUUAUUAAGUUUAAUAUUAUGACUAUCUAUGCAGUAUAUAUGUUUCAAUCAAUAUUAUUAGUGAAAAAAGACAAAAGAGUGACAAACAGGAAUAUGGAAAUCCAUGAUUACAAUACAAGAUAA